AUGGCUGGCGAGUUGUAUCAGCUCAUUGAAGAUGAGGACAAGGAAAGUCCAGCUUGGCUAAAAGCCCACCGAAGUCAACUUGCACGAAUGUGGACGUUUUUUCUCGGUGCUCUCAUUCUCUCGAUUGUAGCAAACUUGAUUCAAGUAUCACAGUACCGUAAAAUGAAAAUCAAGUGUGCCGAACUUCGCCGAUCAACCAAGCUCACUUUUCAAGGAAAUACGGAAUACAGCAGUGCCAACGAAACCAGAGCGGAUGGACUCUGGGACGAUAUAAGCACCGGAAUAGGUGCCAUCACACUCACAAAACAGUUUGCUGAGUCACAUGGCCUUUUAGAUGCGAGUCCGUUUCCUUGGGCCAACAAUCAAGGAGUUUACUUUGUCCAAGGAUUUCACGAGAUGCAUUGUUUGAAAACGAUUCGAAAAUCUCUCGCUCAGCAUACCCAUAAUAUACCUCAGUCUCGUUCAGCAUCCCACAUUGCGCACUGCUUCGAUGUACUACGGCAAUCUAUACUUUGCGCCGUAAAUGACACGCCUAUGCCUGUAAUUGCAGGUAGAGUGACAGGAGACGGUCAGGUAAUGAAAUGUCGGAAUUGGAAGCAAUUAGAAGAGUGGGUUAGCGAGCCAGAGAGAAGUGCCUGCUAUAGAUUUGUGGAUGAAUAUCGUGAAGUUCCGAUUAAUGGAAGUUUGAUUGAAAGAUAUGCAUUUUGUGGAAACGACAGUCUGUAUUUUGACACAAUGAAAAGAUUCUUUGAAAUGUGGGGACAUCAGAGUUUGUUUGGGUAG